GAUUACAGGUGUGAGCCACCGUGCCAGGUCUGCUUGGAGUUUUGACUCAUUGGAAAAGGGUUAGAUGACUGCCUGCAGCAGUAUGUCCCCAAGUUUGAACGGGAGAAGAUCAAUGGAGAGCAGCUGCUGCAGAUUUCCCAUCAGGAUCUGGAGGAGCUGGGGGUCACCCGGAUCGGACACCAGGAGCUUGUGUUGGAGGCUGUUGAUCUUCUCUGUGCACUGAAUUAUGGCCUUGAAACUGAUAACAUGAAGAACUUGGUUCUGAAACUGCGAGCUUCUUCCCACAAUUUACAGAAUUAUAUAAGUAGCCGGCGGAAAAAUCCAGCUUAUGAUGGGAACACCUCCCACAAGCCCCCCAAUGAGUUCCUGACUUCCGUGGUGGAGCUCAUCGGCGCUGCUAAGGCCUUGCUCGCGUGGCUGGACCGGGCUCCAUUUACAGGGAUCACUGAUUUCUCGGUAACGAAGAACAAAAUCAUUCAGCUUUGCUUGGACCUGACCACGACAGUCCAGAAGGAUUGUCUUAUAGCAGAAAUGGAGGAUAAAGUUUUAACUGUGGUCAAGGUUUUAAAUGGCAUCUGUGACAAAACAAUCCGAUCUACUACGGAUCCUGUCAUGAGCCAGUGUGCGUGCCUGGAGGAAGUUCACUUACCAAACAUUAAACCUGGGGAAGGCUUGGGCAUGUACAUCAAAUCGACCUAUGAUGGAUUGCACGUGAUUACUGGAACCACAGAAAAUUCUCCUGCAGACAAAUCCCAGAAGAUUCACGCUGGUGAUGAAGUCAUUCAAGUUAACCGGCAAACCGUGGUGGGAUGGCAGCUAAAAAAUCUGGUGAAGAAACUGAGAGAGAAUCCCACCGGCGUCGUGCUGCUGCUUAAGAAGCGUCCCACGGGCUCGUUCAACUUCACGCCUGCUCCCCUGAAGAACCUGCGGUGGAAGCCGCCUCUCGUGCAGACCUCGCCUCCGCCCACGACCACCCAGUCCCCUGAAAGCACGAUGGACGCCUCACUGCGCAAGGAGAAGCCGGCUAUCCUGGACCUGUACAUUCCUCCCCCGCCAGCCGUGCCCUACUCCCCCCGGGAUGAGAAUGGGAGUUUUGUUUAUGGAGGAUUCAGUAAGUGUAAACAACCACUGCCUGGUCCUAAGGGUUCGGAGUCCCCGAAUUCCUUCUUGGACCAGGAGAGCCGGAGACGAAGGUUCACCAUUGCCGAUUCCGAUCAGUUGCCUGGGUAUUCAGUAGAAACCAAUAUUCUGCCCACAAAAAUGAGAGAGAAAACACCAUCUUAUGGCAAGCCCCGGCCCUUGUCCAUGCCUGCGGAUGGGAACUGGAUGGGGAUUGUGGACCCUUUUGCCAGACCUCGAGGUCACGGCAGGAAAGGGGAAGAUGCCCUUUGCCGGUAUUUCAGUAAUGAGCGGAUUCCUCCGAUCAUCGAAGAGAGCUCCUCUGCCCCGUACCGGUUCUGCAGACCCACGACGGAGCGGCAUCUGGUCCGAGGUGCAGACUACAUCCGAGGGAGCAGGUGCUACAUCAAUUCAGAUCUCCACAACAGCGCCACAAUUCCGUUCCAGGAGGAGGGGACCAAAAAGAAAGCUGUCUCCUCGGCCUCAAAGUCCUCGUCCACAGAACCGUCCCUGCUGGUCAGCUGGUUUACUCGCCUGAAACUGUUGACUCACUGAGAGCUGCCCUGCUCUGGGCUCCUGCCUGGCCCCUGCUCCCAAGUGCCUUGCUUCACAGCGGACAGCCUCUCUGAUUUCAUCCACAGUAUUAUGGAAUGCAUUGGUUGUUUUUUUUUUUUUUUUUUUUUGGAAAGUUGUAUACUGCCCUUCUUGGAAGUUUGAAAUAAUCGGAUGGGAACAAAUGCAGAGGAUCUGAGGGUGCUGGCUUGUGGGGGCACAGGAGGGAAAUGGGUAGAGUCUUCUCUUCUUGCUUCCCCAGAGACAGAACAUGGAGACACACUCUGUAAAUUGGAAUCGUGGCCAGAAAUGUUAUGGUCAUUGUGAGGAACUGGUGGCAUUGUUCCUUUUGGGGGAGGGGGGCUAAAAUUGGUGGCUCUUGUCAUACAGAUGUGUUGGUUUGUGGUCCAACUUCUCUACCUGAAAAAGCCAGUGGAGGAAACAUCUUUGUUUUGAUUUUUAAGGCUAUAUACCAUAUUUGUAAGUGUAGCAGCUUUGACUUUGAAAUAACAUGUGACAAGUGUCUGAUGCUCUUUCACAGAAGAGGUUUAAGUGUAGGUCUGUUACACUUGAAUAAUUCCCUUAUUCUUAACAGUCUCAGUAUAGGUCAAUUAAUACAGAAACACAUGGAUGCAUUUUGAUAGGGCUUAUUACACACAAAGAGGCUUAUGGUUAUUUGUGAGGGGUGUUGUUGUUGUUAUAUAUUAUUGUCUUUAAGGGAAAGAAGCAAUAAGAUUUGCUGACAGCCAAAGUAUCAUUCAGAAAAGUGAAGCAAGGAGAUUUAGGUUUAUGAGAGAUACAUCAGUUUGCAUUUUGACCUGUUUAAUGUCUAUCUUUCAGAAAAGAAUGUACAAUUCUUUAAAAUUGUACACACUUCGCUAAUUAGAGAUAUCUUGGAAAGCCUUGUGGUCACUAAUUUUCAACUAACAUCAGGUAUUUUGAAAAAAGUGUGUCUGGAUAUUAACUCUUGUUUAAACUGAAUGUAUGAUAUUUUGUUAGAAUGGAAAAGUACUAUCUAUCUUGUUAAUUUAAGUGUUUUAAAUAUAGUUGUAUAUUUUUCUUA